AUGGCUUCAAAAGAGUUAGCAGGAGCUUUGGCACAUAUGCUGUUCUGUAGCAUCACCUCUCAAGUUACCGAGAACAAACUUCAAGAUCAGCACAAUCGGAAGCCCGAAGGCGCUCGUCAACCAACCCUUCAAGCCCUAUCCUUCUUCGUACUUGCAACCAUGUCGACAUCGACAUUCCAUGCCUUCAGUCGACUGCCACCAGAACUCAGGCGGAUGGUUUGGCUCUUUGCCCUUCCUUCUCCUCGCGUCCUCUCCGUCCACGAUCUCCGCGUUCGCAGGUUACCGAAAUGGCGUAUCGUAUACUCUGCGAUAGACAUUUCCUGCGAGAUAAGCCAGGGUUAUCCAGUCAUCUUAGCUGUCAACAGCGAGUCAAGAGUAGAAGCGCUACGGUACUACUCGAUGCUUCACGGAUUGCAAGAAUUUUGUCUCAUGGGCGAUUGUCUAAUUAAAACCACAUAUUAUUCGAGACGAUUUGCAUCCUGGCCAAGAAUUCCACAACUCGUUUUUCUCGAGCAUCCUUGGAAAGCUGGACACAAUAUGAUGAUCAGACAAGCUGCUGUAGAAGAGAACUAUCUUCCUUUUCUGAGGCCUGAGGCUUGCUGCAACCUAGAAGAGCUUCACAUUGUCAUCCACAUACGUCGGGAGGCCACAGAUACGAGAUCAGAGAAUUGGAAUACGACAAUGGCAGAGAGGUGGAAUAGCAAUAUAGCAUAUCCCGAAAGCAAACAAGCGAAGGUUUACCACUCAGGCGAUACCAUAGAGAAGAGUGAUGGAUGGGGCAACGCGGACAAGCAGAACAAGUUUCUUCGCAAGCUGGAGAAGGCUUCAAAGGGAAAUGGCCCGGUGGUAAAGCUUGUUAGGACCGACCACCUACUCCGCAAGAAUCAUGAUAACCCCAAAAACGAUCGAUUCUGCUUCCCAACAAGUGCGACGCCUGGUUGGUUGGACUGGGGCGGCUGUGGUGACCCAUGGAAGGCGACGAAAAUGAUGAAACCUUUGUUCGGCUUGCGUGAAGGGAAACCUUGA